AUGACUCGAGUGCAAUCACGGACCGAAAGUCCCCUGGCAACAACACUCUCUAACCUCUCAAUGGCUACCAACUCAUCGAAAGUGCCAAUGAACAAUUCUUCUUCCUGUGAUUCCAUCUCCCUCUCUCUGCAUCAGAACAAGCUGAUCCCAACCAUCUUCAGUGUCAUCUUUGACUUUGGUUUUGUGGGCAAUGUCUUGGUGGUGUUCGUGUUGUGUCAAAAGUUCAACCGUAAAACAGUGGCCAACACGUACAUUGUAAACUUGGCUCUCUCAGAUCUUUUGUUCCUGAUCAGCCUGCCUUUCUGGGCAGUCUACUACUCCGUUGACUACAACUCGGUGUUUGGUGGGCUGAUGUGUAAGCUGUGUGGCAGCCUCCUCUCUCUGAACAUCUACGCCAGCAUUUACUUCAUCACCUGUAUAAGUGUGGACCGCUACAGAGCCAUUGUCUAUUCCCUCCAGUCUCAGUGCAGCAGGAACCUGUGUCGGGCUCGAGUGGUCAGCUGUGUGAUCUGGACCAUUGCUGGCCUCAUGACCAUCCCUACCAUGGCCUUCAGAGACACCUACCACCUGGAGGACCUGGGGGUCACGGCAUGUGCCCUCAUAGAUCCACCUACCCAGACAAACUGGUUCCCUGGCCUGGCCCUGACAAAGAACAUCCUGGCCUUCUUGGUGCCCUUCACAGUCAUCGCCAGCUAUUACUGCUGCAUCGGGAAGCACCUCCUGGGGGCACAGCCCAGCCUGGAAAAGAGCUCCAGCAACCUGGACCAUGUGAUGAAGAUGGUAGUGGCUGUGGUGCUGGUCUUCUUUGUCUGCUGGUUCCCCUUGCACUUUCUGACCUUCAUGGACGUCCUGAGCACCCUGGGGGUGAUGCACAGCUGUUGGGUGCACCAGGCUAUCAUCACCCUGAUGCCCUUCACCCUCUGCCUGGGCUUCUUCAACAGCGCCAUCAACCCUGUACUCUACUGCUUUGUGGGGAUCCACUUUCGGGAGCAGCUGUGGCGGCUGUACGAGGAGAAGGCUCCCAGGCUGUGUCAGAAGAGAGAGUCCAUCAGGACCAGGCUUAGCUCCUUCUCCAGCAACAUCAAAGAUACAGGGCCACUGGAGACUCUGGGACAACACAGUAGGGACCCUAGUGGAUCACCUGGCAGGACUAUGAGAGGACUCUGCCUGUCAGAUGUGCAACAGUUGACCCCAGACAUCCAAGAUCACCCCCAGGCCUAGUCUCCAGGGGACGUUGACCCCCCCUCGUCUACUCCUAAUCAGGGACACCCUGUAGGCUGGACAGAGGGCAUCUAAACAUAUAUUUAAAUGUAAAUUUCACAUCCCAUGUGACCAUGAAGCUCAUGUUAGGGUGAAGGGAUAUUUCAUUACAAUCUACAGUAUAUGUGCUGGAUAAACUGGCCAGGUUUUCUGAGAUUCAUAGGCCAGUGUGAUACUAAGUGUGUGUGUGUGAAAUAAACAACUAUGUCCUUUUGUCCUAGUAAAAAUAAUGUGAUGUGUAUGUUAUUUUAUUGUAUAUACAUAACAAAACUAUAUAUGUCAAUCAACACAGAGCCUUUGUCAUGUUCGUCAAAAGGAGUACCAAGGCGCAGCGUGCGUAGAGUUCCACGUUUUAAUAAAUGAAACUCACCAAAACAAAUACAGAAGCAAACGAAACGUGAAGUAAUGGUGUGCUCACAGGCACAACCCAAAAACAAGAUCCCACAACUAAAGGUUAGAAAAAAGGGCUGCCUAAGUAUGAUUCCUAA